AUGAUGGGUGUUGAGAUCAAUGCACAAGAAGGAGAAUCAGAAGUGGCAGAAUGGACAGAUAAGUUGUUGGAGAUGACGCUCUAUCGACUUCAUAAAUUUUGGUACCACUACGAUUUCAUUUUCAAGUGGACGACGUUGUCUAAAGAAACCAAGGUAUUUGUAAAUAAGUACAACCUUUUUAUAAAAGAAAUCGUCAAAAACAAGGACAGAAGCGUCAAAUCUGAGUCUCCAGUUCUGCUCGAUUUUUUGCUUGAUGUGUCCACUAGUGGAAGCGAACUCACAACAGACGAGAUUGUGGACCAAAUCAAAACCUUCGUAGUUGCUGCCUUCGAUACCACGGCCGUUGCGACUUGUUUUGUUAUUACCAUGUUGGCGAUGUACCCGGACAUGCAAAAUCGCGUCUAUGAAGAGGUUCGUAGCGUUUUGGGUCCUGAAAGAACGCCGGAUUUUCAGGACUUACCUUCUCUUAAGUACACAGAAUUGGUAAUUAAGGAAACCUUCAGACUGUUCCCCGUUUGUCCCUUUAUGGCAAGAGAAGUCCUUGAAGACUUAUCUCUCGAUGAGGAUAUAACGCUUCCAAAAGGUUCGCUGCUACUACUGGGAGUAGUCCAAGUUCAUAGAAGUGCCGAAUAUUGGUCGGACCCUCUCAAAUUCGACCCGGAUAGGUUUUUACCAGAGAGAGCCACCAACAGGCAUCCUUUUACCUACAUACCGUUUUCUGCAGGACCUAUGAAUUGCAUCGGUCAGAAGUACGGACAAAUGGCACUCAAAACCAUACUAGCCAUUCUUGUCAGAAAAUUUCGAUUUCGUACUGAAUACAAAACGGUCGACGAAAUUAAGUUGUUUACUAAACUCAUUUUGAGACCACGUGAUGGUUUCAAAUGUUCUUUUGAGAUAAGGAGAAAAGAAUAA